UCUUACAGGGUGUGGUGUCUGUAAUGUCUCAUGUUGUUCCUCCUACAGGGUGUGGUGUCUCAUGUUCCUCCUACAGGGUGUGGUGUCUCAUGUUCCUCCUACAGGGUGUGGUGUCUCAUGUUCCUCCUACAGGGUGUGGUGUGUCAUGUUGUUCCUCCUACAGGGUGUGGUGUGUCAUGUUGUUCCUCCUACAGGGUGUGGUGUGUCAUGUUGUUCCUCCUACAGGGUGUAAUGUCUCAUGUUGUUCCUCCUACAGGGUGUGGUGUCUAAUGUCUCAUGUUGUUCCUCAUAUAGGGUGUGGUGUGUCAUGUUGUUCCUCCUACAGGGUGUGGUGUCAUGUUGUUCCUCAUACAGGGUGUGGUGUCUCAUGUUGUUCCUCCUACAGUGUGUGGUGUCUCAUGUUGUUCCUCCUACAGGGUGUGGUGUCUCAUGUUGUUCCUCCUACAGGGUGUGGUGUCUCAUGUUGUUCCUCCUACAGGGUGUGGUGUCUCAUGUUGUUCCUCCUACAGGGUGUGGUGUCUCAUGUUGUUCCUCCUACAGGGUGUGGUGUCUCAUGUUGUUCCUCCUACAGGGUGUGGUGUCUCAUGUUGUUCCUCCUACAGGGUGUGGUGUCUCAUGUUGUUCCUCCUACAGGGUGUGGUGUCUCAUGUUGUUCCUCCUACAGGGUGUGGUGUCUCAUGUUGUUCCUCCUACAGGGUGUGGUGUCUCAUGUUGUUCCUCCUACAGGGUGUGGUGUCUCAUGUUGUUCCUCCUACAGGGUGUGGUGUCUAAUGUCUCAUGUUGUUCCUCCUACAGGGUGUGGUGUCUCAUGUUGUUCCUCCUACAGGGUGUGGUGUCUCAUGUUGUUCCUCCUACAGGGUGUAAUGUCUCAUGUUGUUCCUCCUACAGGGUGUGGUGUCUCAUGUUGUUCCUCCUACAGGGUGUGGUGUGUCAUGUUGUUCCUCCUACAGGGUGUGGUGUGUCAUGUUGUUCCUCCUACAGUGUGUGGUGUCUCAUGUUGUUCCUCCUACAGGGUGUGGUGUGUCAUGUUGUUCCUCCUACAGGGUGUAAUGUCUCAUGUUGUUCCUCCUACAGGGUGUAAUGUCUCAUGUUGUUCCUCCUACAGGGUGUGGUGUCUCAUGUUGUUCCUCCUACAGGGUGUGGUGUCUCAUGUUGUUCCUCCUACAGGGUGUGGUGUCUAAUGUCUCAUGUUGUUCCUCCUACAGGGUGUGGUGUCUAAUGUCUCAUGUUGUUCCUCCUACAGGGUGUGGUGUCUCAUGUUGUUCCUCCUACAGGGUGUGGUGUCUCAUGUUGUUCCUCCUACAGGGUGUGGUGUGUAAUGUCUCAUGUUGUUCCUCCUACAGGGUGUAAUGUCUCAUGUUGUUCCUCCUACAGGGUGUGGUGUCUCAUGUUGUUCCUCCUACAGGGUGUGGUGUCUAAUGUCUCAUGUUGUUCCUCCUACAGGGUGCGGUGUGUCAUGUUGUUCCUCCUACAGGGUGUGGUGUCUAAUGUCUCAUGUUGUUCCUCCUACAGGGUGUGGUGUGUCAUGUUGUUCCUCCUACAGGGUGUGGUGUGUCAUGUUGUUCCUCCUACAGGGUGUGGUGUCUCAUGUUGUUCCUCCUACAGGGUUUGGUGUCUCAUGUUGUUCCUCCUACAGGGUUUGGUGUCUCAUGUUGUUCCUCCUACAGGGUGUGGUGUCUCAUGUUGUUCCUCCUACAGGGUGUGGUGUCUCAUGUUGUUCCUCCUACAGGGUGUGGUGUCUCAUGUUGUUCCUCCUACAGGGUGUGGUGUCUAAUGUCUCAUGUUGUUCCUCCUACAGGGUGUGGUGUCUAAUGUCUCAUGUUGUUCCUCCUACAGGGUGUGGUGUCUAAUGUCUCAUGUUGUUCCUCCUACAGGGUGUGGUGUGUCAUGUUGUUCCUCCUACAGGGUGUGGUGUCUCAUGUUGUUCCUCCUACAGGGUGUGGUGUGUCAUGUUGUUCCUCCUACAGGGUGUGGUGUCUAAUGUCUCAUGUUGUUCCUCCUACAGGGUGUGGUGUCUAAUGUCUCAUGUUGUUCCU